AUGGCCGUUCAAGAAACAACUUCAAACUACAGUCCGUCUUCUGGACUUUAUACCUGUCUUGCUUGUCAAGUGGCUUUCCAAUCGGCCGAGGGUCAACGUAAUCACUACCGAUCCGAUUGGCACAGAUAUAAUUUGAAAAGAAAAGUGGUGAAUCUUCCGCCUGUCACUUUGGAACAGUUCAAUGCUAAAUCAGAAGCUAGAGCAAAACAAGCAACAGCUACAACAAUAGCAACCACAGGUACAGCAACAGGCAGCACAAUAGCAUCGUCUGGUACGGCCGCCGAGUCUGUGAAAGAAAAUAAUAACUACUGUAAAGCCUGUCGCAAGUCAUUCCGAUCGACCCAUCAAUAUGACAAUCAUAUUCAAUCAAAAAAACAUAAAGAUACAGUAGCGAAAGAGGCAGCCAAAGCAUCCAAGGAGAACAAUAGCAGCACACCCGUUUCCGAUAAAGAAAAGAAACCUCAGUUGACGAGUCGAGAGCUUGCUCAACAGAUGGAUCUUACCAUUACAGAUGAAACCACAGAAGAGGAAAUGCUUGCCAUGAUUGAUGCCAAGAUCAAAUCGGCUCCUCGUCUAGCAGAAACCGACUGUUUAUUCUGUACGACCCAGUCAGAUACCUUUGAAGAGAAUAUGCAGCACAUGACCACCGUCCAUAGUUUGUUUAUUCCCGACAUUGAGUAUUUAAUGGACAUGAGAGGACUUAUACGUUACCUUGGUGAAAAGAUUACAGUGGGCAAUGUCUGUAUUUAUUGUAACAACAAAGGAAGAGGUACCAUGAGAUCAGUGGAAGCUGUCCGAAAACACAUGAUUGAUAAAGGACACUGUAAAAUUGCAUACGAGGACGAUGAUGAUGCAGCUGAAUUAGUCGACUUUUACGAUUUCUCCUCUUCCUAUCCUCAAGGUCAAGAGGGGGAUGAAGAAGAAGUAGAUAUUGACGCUGAUUUGGAGCAAAUGACCGCCGCCCUGAGUCUAGCGGAUGAUGAAUUGUCUUUGGUUUUACCCAGUGGCGCGGUCGUCGGUCAUCGUGCUAUGAAGCGCUACUACGAUCAAAAGCUGAAGCCGGAAGACAACAGAGAUUCUGUCUUGAUCAACAAACUUAUUGGACAAUAUUCCGAGUCACCUGUCUUUGAAUCUCUAAGAAAGACAAGCGGUGGUCCCAAGGGAAGUAAGUUGAUGAUUACCGAUGGCAGACAUGGUAUGCGUCCAACGGAAGCGUUCAAGGACCUCAGAAAUCAACAUGAAUACACGACCAAGGUCGGCAUGAAUCAAAAUAGAUUACAAAAGCAUUUCAGAAUUCAAAUCAUCUAG